AUGCUAUCCUGGGCCUAUCCAAUCCAGCGACGCCAGCCGCUGUUCAGUCUGCAGUACAGAAUCCCGACGGAUGCGUUCACUUUGGCGGAUCUGCACUCCGAUGGCCUGGACUACACAGCCAGCAUCCAGGUGGAUGCGGGCACCCGUUGCUCCCAGAUUCCGCCGUCAGAGUGGACCGUUAAACUGCACAUUCGGGAGGAGCUCAGUGAAUAUUAUGGUGAUGGUGAUGAGGAUCGGGUCUGCAGCGUUACGGCGUCCGUUGGACCCACGGCGCCAGGGAAGACGAAAGCGGCCGCGGCGUUGUCGGUGGAAUGCACUGUGCGAGCUGGAGUGGGAGAGUUUUGCGACAACAGGGUACGAAUCACAGCGCAAGGAUCGCGCAGCACUUCUACUGCUUCGGAUGCCCUUACGUCACUGGUGAUUAAAAAGGAUCCCUAUCGCAAUUACCAGUAUGACUUGCGAAAAGGCCGUUCCGUCCAUGUUCAGUUAGUUUUUUACGCGGAUCAGCCAGAUGGAGACUUAACCAGCCGUCGUGCCGACCUGAAAGGCUUACUGGAUUCCCAGACACUCUGCGACUUUACGCUGGAGUGUGGCGGCCAAGAAAUUCGGGCACAUCGUGCUAUUUUGGCCGGACAGUCGCCCUACUUCACGGCCAUGUUUAACACCGAUAUGCAGGAGAAAUUAACCGGGAUCUGUCACAUCCACGAAUUUCCUGCCGAUGUCGUGAAAGCGUUGGUCCAGUUUGUGUACACCCGCACGGUGGUGGCAUCGGGCGACAGUUUGAUGAAUUUAUGGAGGGCCGGUGAUUUCUACGACUUUGCGGAUCUUCGCACGGAAUGCCUGUGUUUGAUGCGGGAGACCGUCGCCCGACUGGCACCGGAUGAUGCAAUGGAGUAUUUUGAUUUUGCCCGUUUUUACAAUCUUCCUACGUUGAGAACGGCUGCGGCGCGGGUAAUUGGCCGGGGAUUCUACCCAACGGGAGUAGAAGCGUUGAUUUCGCCGGUGGGUAAGCGCAAUGUGCUGAAUUUGUUGUAUAAACUCCCGACGGAACGGUUUAUCCGGGAUGAUCGCGGUGCCGAUGGCGUUUAUUUCACAUGUGAGUUUAACGUGGAUGUGGGGUCGUUCGGCCGCUCGGAGAUUCCGUUUUCUGUGUGGAUUGUCCGGUUGAUUGCCACCAGAACAGGCUGUAGAGUGUACAAGCCACACAUCGAGACAGACGUCAUUCCAAAAGAGCCAGAAAAGCUGACAACAGCCGCUGCCGUGUCGGUUGGGUGCCGAUAUUCGAGCCAGUGCUGAACGAUCAUGGGACAACACCGUCCAGAUUGAUUCAACCUGAUGUAAUUAUGCUGAGCCCAAAGAAGAGGACGACAUCUCUCUCUGGAAGCUUGUGGGCUCCGAGGAUUUGCCCGCUGGCACUGGUAAAGCCUGUGUCUUGCAGAAGGAUCGC